AAUGACGACAAGACUUUCCGUCCAGGCAUAAGAUAGAAAGAAAUAUAUGGAAGUGAUAACAAACAUUUCCGUCCGAGCAAGAGAAGAAAGCUCUUUCUUUCAGAAAUUGCGAAGGAAAUGAUCCCAGAGGUAGUCCUAAACUCUGGCCAUAGAAUGCCAUUGAUAGGCUUUGGUACAGGAUGUGAAACUAUCCCUGAAAAUCUCACUUCUACUCUAGUCCAUGCAAUCGAGAUCGGUUACCGGCACUUCGAUACUGCUUCUCUCUACAAGACCGAAGAGUUCGUAGGCCAAGCCAUAGCCCAAGCGCUCGAACGAGGCCUAAUCAAUAACCGUAGCGAUGUUUUCGUUACUUCGAAGCUAUGGUGCUCAGAUGCAGACCAUGAUCUUGUCCUCCCAGCACUUAAAGAAACACUACAAAAACUGGGACUAGAUUAUGUGGAUCUCUAUCUGGUGCACUGGCCUGUAAGGAUGAAACAGGGAACUGGAAUCAUUUCCCCAAAGGAGGACUUACUUCCCUUUGAUAUGAAAGGGACAUGGGAAGCCAUGGAAGAGUGUUGCAGGUUGGGGUUAGCUAAGUCCAUUGGUGUCAGCAAUUUCUCAAGCAAGAAGCUCUCCCAACUUCUAACAUAUGCCACCAUCCCUCCAGCUGUGAAUCAGGUGGAGAUGAAUCCCUCAUGGCAACAGAAGAAGCUGAGAGAUUUCUGCAAUGAAAAAGGAAUCCAUGUCAGUGCCUGGUCUCCUCUGGGAGCAUAUGGAGCUGUCUGGGGUUCUUCUCUGGUCAUGGAAAAUCCAAUCCUCAAAGAUAUUGCCUUGGUUAAGGGGAAAACCAUUGCAAAGAUCUCACUGAGGUGGGUAUAUCAGCAAGGAUCAAGUCCAAUUGUGAAGAGCUUCAACAAGGAGAGGAUGAAAGAAAACCUCCAAAUCUUUGAUUGGGAACUAACCCAGGAAGAUAUUGAUAAGAUAAGCCAGAUUCCACAGAGAAAGGGGGUUUCAGGAGCAAUUUUUAUUUCGCCAAAUGGACCUUACAAGUCAUUGGAGGAACUUUGGGAUGAAGAGAUCUUAACCCUGUAAGUUUUGCUCCUAUUUUUUAAGAUAGGGCCACAGAACAAGGAAGGGAAGUUGAGGAAUUGUAGUGAUCACAAUAAAGCUAGAAGUAGAUUUAGUAGUUGUACUUCAUCAGGAAAAAAACGAAGCUGGAAUUUAGUGUAUUUUCUAGUUCAAAUUACUUAUAGUUAGUGUUUGUGUCUGUUUGUAAUAUCUAAUAUUCCAAUUACAUAUUGGUUUGGAAAGGAAAAUUUAGUGACAUGAAAUGAUUUGGCUUUAGUAAA